UUGGACGAAAAACAUAAGCAAACAAAAAGUGGAAAAGAUUGAAGGAAGGGAAGAAGACUGGAAGAAAAUAUAAAAAAAGAAUCAAACCGAGAACCUCCUGUUUUUGGUGACGAAUCAAAGAAGUGAAACGCAUACUGCAUUGUUUUCGAAUACAUUGAUUAUAAAUGUACAACAAAGAAAAUUGUUGCAAAUAUUAAAAGCAAAUUUUACUACGACCAGCUCGUUUAAGCAGAAGGCAUACUAACAGUUCUUGUGCUUUGGUUCGGCGCAAGCCAUAAAUAACAGCAACCAAAACGUACAGUGCAACACAAUAAUAGAAGCAUUUUAGUGCCCCUUGUAAUUACUCUAAUCCAUCGACUGGUGAAGAAAAGUGUAUAAAGUUCAAUUUAAGAAAAGCUAAAAAUAUAGAAAAAUGAAGAUAACUGUAACUACGCUGACAGAUAGCGUGUUUUUCUUGGACGUUUCCGAAGAACUGGAACUGGAAAACUUCAAGGCGUUCUGUGAAGUUGAGUCCGGGUUGCCCAGUGCAGAGAUCAUGAUUGUAUUCAAUGGAGCUCCAUUAUUGGACGACAAAAAAUCGCUCAAAUAUUUCGGCAUUAAAGAUGGUGACUGUGUUAUAAUACAACCAAUUGCACGUUCCGCAAGUACUCCAGCAGUUGGCGGCCUAGCCUCGUCAAUUAGUAGCUUAGAUUUCAGCAAUAUUCGAGUACCCGGUUCAAGUGGUAGUGGUAGUGCUGGAACUGGACUGGCACCAGGUUAUCGUCCGGCACCCACCGGUAUGGAUUACUCCGAUUCUGAUGAAUUGAAUGUUAACUACGAUGAUGAUCCGGCUGCAGUGCGUCAAAUGUUUCUAUCAAAUCCGGAAUCCUUAUCAUUGCUCAAACAGAACAAUCCAAAAUUGGCUGAUGCAUUACUAUCGGGAAAUUUGGAGAAUUUCGCUAAGGUAUUGCGCGAUCAAAUCGAUUUGAGAAAACAACGUCAGCUACAACGCUUACGUAUGUUAAACGCGGAUCCCUUCGAUGAGGAGGCACAACGUCUUAUUGCCGAGGAGAUUAAACAAAAAAACAUUCAGGAUAAUAUGGCCGCAGCUAUUGAAUACAAUCCCGAAAUCUUUGGCACUGUCACUAUGCUAUACAUUCAUUGCCGAGUCAAUGGUGUACCAGUAAAAGCGUUCGUCGAUUCCGGUGCGCAAACUACAAUUAUGAGUGCAGCAUGCGCAGAACGCUGCAAUGUGAAUAGACUUAUCGACACUAGGUGGAAUGGUGUCGCCAAAGGUGUAGGUACUCAACGUAUCAUUGGGCGGAUACACAUGGUUCAGUUACAGAUUGAAAGCGACCAUCUAACUUCGAGUUUUUCAGUUUUGGAAAAACAACCUAUGGAUAUGUUGCUCGGACUAGAUAUGCUGAAGCGUCAUCAGUGUAACAUUGAUUUGCAACGCAAUGUGCUGCGUAUAGGUACUACCGGUACCGAGACCCCAUUCUUGGCCGAAAAUGAACUACCAGAUUGCGCACGUCUCACCGGUAAUUCCGAGGAGGAAUUAAAACUGUUGGAGCAAUCAGCUAGUGAGGCCGAGUCGCGGGCCAUACAGCAAGCAAUUGAACAAAGCAAAAAGGAUGCAGCAUCAACUUCAAAGAGAUCUCAAGGUGGUACCGCUAAUGAUGUUUCAGCGAAUGAUACCUUCACUGAGAGUGAUGUUGCCGAUUUGGUAAAGCUUGGUUAUAAGCGUGAUGACGUGAUUGCUGAAUUACGUCGGCAUAACGGAAAUAAAACGCAAGCAACUGCGGCGCUUAUUGCAAAGUCAUUGAAAUUUUGAGAAGACCUUGGCGUCGUCACCACUGUCGCCGCCCUAAAAUAAUAGAUCACAACGGAAAAAUAACACAAAGAAAAUACAACGCAAUUUUAAGCAAAAAAAUUUUAGAAUAUCCAUGCCGCUAUUUACAUUAUAUGUUUACAUAUAUAAGUAAUAUACAUAUAUGUAUAUACGUAAACGCAAAAUUAUCAUUAAAUGUCGACAGAACAUUAUCAACAAAGAGUAUCAACAUUUAGAAAAACGCGGAUGCUUUGGGAAUGGAUUAAGCCUACCACAAAUACAAACUACCUCAGGCUAGAGCAUUUCUUAUUUUAUACACAUGGAAUGGAUGAAGACUGCUAAGGAUUUGUGGGGGAAAAAACCACGAGACUCGCUUGCAUUGAGGAUAGUACUACAAGAAAGGGGCAAUCAAUACUAGACAUUGAAUUAAUGAAUGCGAACUGUCAUCGAGGAAACAUUGGUGUAUGAAGGACUGUAAAUUACUUUUUAUAACAUCAUUUUUGGGUAUAGUUUAGUAAAAGAAAAAUUUAUCGUAUAUGAGGGGUUAAAAAAGGCAAGAAUAGCAUGGCAAUAAAUAAAGAAAAUAAAUGUGAAAUUUGAA